GCACGCCGUGCGGGGACGGUCCCAGCCUGGCUGUGCCCCCGCGCUCUCCCGAGGCUGAAGGGCUGCUCUCUCCGCAGGCUUCAUGGGCGCAGUGAGGAGAUAUCCCUCCACAAACUCCUGACUUCUGGAGGACUGAGCGAGGAUUUCAAUACCCCUUAUCCUCCUCUCAGAGCUAACGUUAUUGAAGCUAUUAACGAGCUGCUCAUAGAGCUAGAGGGCACCACGGAGAACAUCGCUAUGCAGGCGCUGGAGCACAUCCACUCCAACGAGGUGAUCAUGACCAUCGGCUACUCGCGCACCGUGGAGGCCUUCCUGAAGGAGGCUGCCCGCAAGAGGAAGUUCCAGGUCAUCGUGGCAGAGUGCGCGCCCUUCUGCCAGGGUCACGAAAUGGCUGUCCGACUGUCUAAAGAGAGCAUUGAAACUACUGUCAUGAGCGAUGCAGCUAUUUUUGCUGUCAUGUCUCGAGUCAACAAGGUCAUUAUUGGUACAAAGACGAUCCUGGCCAACGGCGCCCUGAUUGCUGUGAGUGGGACUCACACUCUGGCACUGGCAGCUAAGCACCACUCCACACCGCUCAUCGUGUGUGCCCCCAUGUUUAAGCUUUCACCACAGUUCCCUAAUGAAGAAGAUUCAUUCCACAAGUUUGUGUCACCACAGGAAGUGCUGCCAUUCACAGAAGGGGAGAUCCUGGCGAAGAUAAACAUUCACUGCCCGGUGUUUGACUACGUCCCGCCCGAGCUCAUCACUCUCUUCAUUUCCAACAUCGGGGGGAACGCGCCUUCCUACAUCUACCGCCUCAUGAGCGAGCUCUACCACCCCGACGACUACGAGCUCUAA